UGUCAAGUCUGCGACCGAGUUCUAAAAAAAAAAAAAAACUGCGAGACCGCAAAGGAAGAACAAAACCCAUCAAAACCCUCGUUCGCCGCCGCCGCCGCCGCUCGCCGGCGAAGAACCCCUGAACCCUCCGGUAAGCCCUGGUAGUUAGAAACCGAGUACCUAAUCUCAUGGCGCUCUUCCUGCGCCGAGGCGCGGCCCUUGCUGCCCGCUCCAUCCGCGCAGCCGCCGCAUCCUCCGCUUCCACCUCCGUCCACCGCCUACCGUCCGUCGGAUCCCUCGCCGGCGCGAGGGAGUUGGCCCCCACGAAGCUGUUCCUCCUGGAGGCCCGGAGAGGCUUCGCGAAGGGGAAGAAAUCGAAGGAUGAUGGUCGAGGCGAUACAGUUCAGGAUGCUCCUGACAUUGGACCGACUGUCAAAUCUGCUGCAACUCAGCAGAUGGAGGCAGCCGUUGUUGCAUUGUCACGGGAGCUUAGUAAAUUGCGAACGGGAAGAGCUUCUCCUGGUAUGCUUGAUCACAUCAUGGUGGAGACUACAGGUGUUAAGGUUGCGUUGAAUCGCUUGGCCGUUGUUUCUGUCCUUGAUGCACAUACCCUAUCAGUGAUGCCUUAUGAUCCGAGUUCAAUGAAGUCUAUUGAGCAUGCGAUCAUCUCAUCUCCAUUGGGCAUCAAUCCAACACCUGAUGGCAACAGGAUCAUAGCAAACAUCCCACCGUUGACAAAGGAGAAUAUACAGGCACUGUGUAAGGUUGUCACUAAAUCUGCCGAGGAUUUCAAACAAAGUAUUAGACGAGCGCGCCAAAAGGCACUUGAUACGAUAAAGAAAUCUGCGUCUGGUAUGCCGAAGGAUGAUGUAAAACGACUUGAGAAGGAGGUUGAAGAAUUGACCAAGAAGUUCAUAAAGUCAGCAGAUGAUAUGUGCAAGGCUAAGGAGAAGGAAAUCUCUGGAAACUGAGGACGUUAAUCUGGCAGAAGUUUUUUCUUUUACUUACACAACUUUGAUGCCAACGAGUUCACGGGUUGCAAUUCUGCAGCAGCCGGGAAGAUAUAUCUUUUUUGUUUGUGCCCGUUCUAACUAUGAUGUUAGAAAUUCGAAACAGUGUGAUACCAAGGGCGGCCUGCCCAGCUUGUGACAAAACAUUGAUUCGGUUGCAAGGCACUCAUGAAUUCACGAAUCGAGAAUGAGUUUACCCUAA